AUGCCAAGAGAAAGUCGAAAUGCAAAUCCGCAACAUCAUCAACCUGCAUCGAAACCUCAAGGUGCCGUCUCCACUACAUCCCGAUAUCAACCCUAUCCAAAUAAAAGAAAUAUUGAAUCUGAAAAUUAUAAAUCAAACGAUCAUCAUCAUGAAGAGAAAAAAGGUGCUUUCCGAACUAGUGAUGACGGAGUGAAUGCAUCGUAUGGAAAAGUUCCGACUGAUAACAUUUCGAAAACAACAAUGAACACUUUAACGCGAAAUGACUCAAAACAACAACACUCAAAAUCUACAGCACCUAAUUUAAAUGGAAAAUCGAAUUCUUCUUCAGAGAAUAUGUAUCAAAUACAAAGAGAAAGAAAUACAAGUAAAUACGGAAAAGCAUCAAAUAUUGACGACGAUGAUCUCAUCAUUCCCACCGUAGAAGAUGAUGAAAAUUUACAAUUAAUGAAAGCACUAGGUUUACCCACUCAAUUCGACACCACACAUGAAAAAUAUGUUCCAGGAAAAGCACACCAUUUGAGUGGUGUAAAAAUCACCAGCAAACGAAAAGUACGUCAAGUCAUGAAUCUCAAAGACAAGCCAACCCACAACACCAAUAAACCAAGAUUUCAAUAA